AUGCACGUAAAUCCAUUUAAUUGGUCAAGCAUUCAAAGAGAUUUCAUAGACAGGUCAGGAAACAGAGACCAGGGACAAGUCAGGAAACAGAGACCAGGGACAAGUCAGGAAACAGAGACCAGAGACAAGUCAGGAAACAGAGACCAGGGACAAGUCAGGAAACAGAGAUCAGAGACAAGUCAGGAAACAGAGACCAGGGACAAGUCAGGAAACAGAGACCAGGGACAAGUCAGGAAACAGAGACCAGAGACAAGUCAGGAAACAGAGACCAGGGACAAGUCAGGAAACAGAGACCAGGGACAAGUCAGGAAACAGAGACCAGGGACAAGUCAGGAAACAGAGACCAGAGACAAGUCAGGAAACAGAGACCAGGGACAAGUCAGGAAACAGAGACCAGGACAAGUCAGCAUAAACCAGAGACAAGUCAGGAAACAGAGACCAGGGACAAGUCAGGAAACAGAGACCAGGGACAAGUCAGGAAACAGAGACCAGGGACAAGUCAGGAAACAGAGACCAGAGACAAGUCAGCAUAAACCAGAGACAAGUCAGGAAACAGAGACCAGGGACAAAGACCAGAGACAAGUCAGGAAACAGAGACCAGGGACAAGUCAGGAAACAGAGACCAGAGACAAGUCAGGAAACAGAGACCAGGGACAAGUCAGGAAACAGAGACCAGGGACAAGUCAGGAAACAGAGACCAGGGACAAGUCAGGAAACAGAGACCAGAGACAAGUCAGGAAACAGAGACCAGGGACAAGUCAGGAAACAGAGACCAGAGACAAGUCAGGAAACAGAGACCUGGGACAAGUCAGCAUAAACCAGAGACAAGUCAGGAAACAGAGACCAGGGACAAGUCAGGAAACAGAGACCAGGGACAAGUCAGCAUUAACCAGAGACAAGUCAGGAAACAGAGACCAGGGACAAGUCAGGAAACAGAGACUAGGGACAAGUCAGGAAACAGAGACCAGGGACAAGUCAGGAAACAGAGACCAGAGACAAGUCAGGAAACAGAGACCAGAGACAAGUCAGGAAACAGAGACCCGGGACAAGUCAGGAAACAGAGACCAGAGACAAGUCAGGAAACAGAGACCAGAGACAAGUCAGGAACCAGAGACCAGAGACAAGUCAGGAAACAGAGACCAGAGACAAGUCAGGAAACAGAGACCCGGGACAAGUCAGGAAACAGAGACCAGGGACAAGUCAGGAAACAGAGACCAGGGACAAGUCAGGAAACAGAGACCAGGGACAAGUCAGGAAACAGAGACCAGGGACAAGUCAGGAAACAGAGACCAGGGACAAGUCAGGAAACAGAGACCAGGGACAAGUCAGGAAACAGAGACCAGGGACAAGUCAGGAAACAGAGACCAGGGACAAGUCAGGAAACAGAGACCAGAGACAAGUCAGCAUAAACCAGAGACAAGUCAGGAAACAGAGACCAGAGACAAGUCAGGAAACAGAGACCAGAGACAAGUCAGCAUAAACCAGAGACAAGUCAGGAAACAGAGACCAGAGACAAGAAACAGAGACCAGAGACAAGUCAGGAAACAGAGACCAGGGACAAGUCAGGAAACAGAGACCAGGGACAAGUCAGGAAACAGAGACCAGGGACAAGUCAGGAAACAGAGACCAGGGACAAGUCAGGAAACAGAGACCAGAGACAAGUCAGGAAACAGAGACCAGGGACAAGUCAGGAAACAGAGACCAGAGACAAGUCAGGAAACAGAGACCAGGGACAAGUCAGGAAACAGAGACCAGAGACAAGUCAGCAUAAACCAGAGACAAGUCAGGAAACAGAGACCAGGGACAAGUCAGGAAACAGAGACCAGGGACAAGUCAGGAAACAGAGACCAGGGACAAGUCAGGAAACAGAGACCAGGGACAAGUCAGGAAACAGAGACCAGAGACAAGUCAGCAUAA